AUGCUAACUUUUGUACANGAGCGCGAGACGACCGUCGUUUGGGACAUUGAAACAGGAGAGGCACUUUACAACGCCAUCGUCUGGACAGACACUCGUUCUCAGCAUAUCGUGAAAGAGUUGAAGUCUCGCAAGGGUGCCGAUGAGUUGACACAAAAGUGCGGUCUGCCGCUCUCCACCUACCCCAGUGUCACCAAGCUUCUAUGGCUGCUCAAGAACGAGCCCAAGGUGAAGGAGGCAUACGAGAGAGGCACUCUUGCAUUCGGAACCAUUGAUGCAUGGCUUGUUUACAAGCUCAAUGGACACGAGAAGAGAGUCUUUGUCUCUGACCCUACCAACGCUUCUCGCACAAUGUUCAUGGACAUCCACACACUCAAGUACAACCCAGAGCUCAUUGCCUUCUUCGGCGAUGAGGAGUUCGAUCUNUCCAGAAUUCACAUGCCUGACAUUGUCAAGUCUUCUGACGCAAAGGCUUAUGGUAAAAUCGGUUCGGGAGUUCUGUCCGGCUUUAGCCUCACCGGAUGUUUGGGUGACCAGUCUGCUGCCCUGGUCGGCCAGAAGGGUUUCGAUGCAGGCAGCGCAAAGAACACGUAA